AUGGUAGAACAAAAACACCAGAACGAGACCAAGCUGACACCCAAGAACUGCACAGUAGAACAAAAACACCAGAACGAGACCGAGCUGACACAGAAGGAAGAAGAUGAAGUAGAAGACCACCAAACAACCACUAUAGUCACUGCAAAGGACAAUACAAUUGACAAGCAAAGUGGGGAGGAGGAGAGAACCCUGAUGAAGCUGAUGGAGGUUCUCAAUCUGGUCUGGCUAAUGACCACAGACCCGAAAGCCAGCAACAUGAGCUGCAGCCUCUCUUCGUCAGAUGACUCUUCCACAAUCCCAAAAGAGCCCCCGACUGAUACAAAGCACUGCAUCCUGGUGAUGAUGCACUUCACCAGUGAUCCAAAUUAUAGACCAGACAGCAGGAGAUUUGCAGAAGGAAGAGACAUGUUCAUUGUAGAUUGCCUGUUUCAUGAAAAGGGUUUACUCCAGUGUCCAACAAAUAAUGAAGCAGUUGAACAAAUCAUCAAAAUCUUGGGUGAUCUGGUCCAAGGCGGAGGCAUAAGUGGAGAACCGAAGAGGUCCACUCUGGAACCAGACCCAGUACCAGACGUACCAGUGCCACCAGUGUCAAACCCACCAUCGCAUGUAACACCAGAUGUGGAAUCAGAUGUGGAACCAGAGCCGCAGCUGAAGCCUACCGUUAUUCCGGGAGAUAAAUAUCAGAUUGAACAUGGGUCCAAGUCCAUCAGGUUCUCCAGUCAUAUACCUCCUAAGGUGAAGGGCCUGUGUGAAGGCCUGCUAACAUCACUCCAUGCUGAGGAGCUGGCUGGAGACUCUGCAGAGUGUGACGUCAUCCUGGCCUUCUGUCCUGUUGUCUCUCGCCUUGGGACAGACGUAGAGGCAGCUCUCAAAGAAAUACCCGGCAAGUGA